UCUCAAGAUUAGGGUUCUUGAGUCAUCCAUGGAGAGAGAAGAAUGUAGCAGCAGCGAGUCCGGAUGGACCACGUAUAUUUCUUCGCGUAUGGAGGAAGAAGAGGAAGAGGUGAUUGAUGAGGUCUAUUAUGAAGGGCAUAUCAUCGAAAAAGAUCGUAGAAAAUAUGCGAAUGAAUACGAAAUCAACAAAGACAGCGAUGAUUCGAUGGCUUCCGAUGCUUCUUCCGGGCCAAGUUAUCACCAAACGAGCAAUAGAGGUAAACGUAGAGAAGGUCUCGCUCUAAGGAAUGGGAAAGGUGAAAGUAAUGAUGUUUAUAGUCAUCGUAUAGAUGAUAAGAAUAUUGGUAAUCUUAUAUCUAGGAAAAAAGAGAAGAAAAAGAGUGAAAACAAGAGUAGGUCUCAUAAAAAGAAGUAAUUUUUUGAAGUUGAUUGUAUAUGUUGGAUUUGAUUAUAGUUUUCUUUCCUUUUUGUGUUGAGGUUUUUUUAUGCCUCGAGCAAAGGGUGUUUGAUUAUUUUAAUGGUUUUGUUUUUCAACAUGAAGAUUAACAUAUGUAUUUUUCUCUAAUUAUGUUCUCGAUUAUUAUUGUCCAUCUAUAAGAAAUCAU